AUGACAUCCAACGUUACGGAGUCUAUGAAUGCAGUCGUUGUACAUGCACGUGCAUUGCCAGUAACCGCACUUCUUGAACAUGUUCGAGCGCUGUUGCAGUGGUGGUUUUACGAGAGGCGAACAUAUGCAUCUAGUCGCGAAACUAUCCUUACUGACUAUGGUGAGACAAAGAUGCGUACUGCAGAGAACGUGGCUCAAACACACCCCGUGAUACCCAUUAACCAUCAUGAGUUCGACGUGAGCGAUGGACUGAAAAUGGUGCGUGUGAAUUUAAAUACAAUGACAUGUGGAUGUAAACAGUUUGACUACUUCCAGUUCCCGUGCUCCCAUGCUAUUGCAGUAGCAACCCUUCGGAACGUGAACAGGUAUACCCUAUGCUCUCCUACAUAUAGUCUGCAAACUCUAAUUACCGCAUAUGCCGAAUCUGUGUACCCUCCCAACGAUAUAGAUGACUGGAUUUUACCUGAUGACUUCGUGGAGGUUGAAGUGGAGCCAUCCAAAAUUGUAAAACAUGUUGGCCAACGCCAAACUGUACGAAUAUCGUCGGUCGGGGAGACCCGCCAAUUCCACAAAUGUGGUCGAUGUGGCAACAUGGGACACAAUAAAAAAACGUGUCGUCAGCCACUUAGAACUACUGUAUCAGACGUUGAUGGUGUGUAA